AUGCCUCCUAGGUUACGACUCUCGUCCGCUGGACGCAUUUCUCAGUCGUUCCGACGGCAAAGACUCCUCUGCCAAUAUGAGAUCUCUGUCUCCAGCAGGUGUGCGAGUACUGCUGCCACAGCCACGACACCUGCACCCUCAGUAGAGCAGAUGACGACUUCUCCUCCCCCGAUUUCCAGACAUUCUCCCACCCAGCCUCCGUCCCAUCGCAAUCCCGAAUACCGACGGUCUCAACUUCUGCGGCAAUACACCUCCCUCAUUCGCACUACACCUCUUAUGGUGUUCCUUCAGCACAAUAACCUCCAGUCUGUGGAAUGGGCUGGUAUUCGUCGGGAGCUGAGCCAGGCUAUGCAGAAGGUUGACGAGAAGAUCGCUUCGGAAGGACGGGAUCUUCCGCCCCUUGCUCCCCAUAUCAAGGUGCAAAUCAUCCAGACCAGCAUCUUCGAAGUUGCGCUGCGUAUCGUCGAGUAUUUCCGCCCUGAUCAGGGUGCUUUGGCCGCUGGACAGCCUCCCCGUGCCGUCGACCCGGUUACUCAGACUUCCGCAGAACUUCCCCCGGUCUCUGGCUCGAGAGACGACCCGACCCUGACCCAUGACCUGUCGCGUGCGGCCCACGAUGCUGUGCAGCACAUGAAGGGCAAGCACGAACUAUCAACGCUCUUGGUUGGCCCGUUGGCUGUACUUUCGAUCCCUCAAGUCUCUCCGGAACACAUGAAGGCCGCCUUGACAGUCCUUGCCCCCAAGGCAGCCGGUUUCCCCCAGCCGACCCGCAGAGCCAACCCCGGAUGGCAUGAGCUGCCCGUUCAAAACGGUCUGAAGAAGCUCGAUCUUCUCGCCGCACGUGUGGACGGCAAUGUGUUUGAUGUCGACCAAACAAAGUGGGUUGGCAGCAUCGAGGGUGGUAUGGAUGGCUUGCGAUCCCAGUUGGUCACCGCGUUGCAGAGCAUGGGAUCUGGCAUCACAAGUGCUUUGGAGGGUGCUGGAAAGAGUCUGUACCUCACAUUGGAAAGCAGACGGAGUGUUCUCGAGGAGGAGCAAAAGGGCCCCGAAGAGAAGAACGAGUCGUAA